AUGAAUUUUCUAUUGAAUUGCACACAUUGUCAGAUGAAAGAUGUGACGAUCGUUGAGGAAAAAUUACGAAAAUUAAUCGCAGGUGGAAAAGAAAAUCUCUUUGUAAUCAGUGAUUUUGAUUAUACAUUAUCAAGGUAUAAAAAUGAAGGAGGCAAUUUAUGUGAUAUGUCCUAUUCAGUAUUUGAAAAUGCAAUUAAAAAAUUUUCACCUGAAUUAAGUGAAAAAUUAAAUAUUCUAAAUGAGAAAUAUUUACCUAUUGAAUGGUGUACGAAAAUGAGCGCCGAUGAAAAAGCUCCACAUAUGCUUGAAUGGUGGGAGAAAUCGAAUGAUUGUAUUCUCAGUGCAAAUUUUACCAAAGCUAAUAUUGAAGAAAUUGUGUCCUCUUCAACGCUGGAUUUAAGGCUUGGAAGUAAAAAAAUGAUCACCAAAUUAGACGUUAAUAAUGUCCCUCUUAUAAUAUUUUCUGCUGGUAUGGGUAAUAUUAUCAAUAUUUGUUUACGACUUGAAUUUGAGAUGGUACCAAAAAAUAUACAUAUUAUCUCGAACACUAUGUUGUUCAAUAAACAGGAUAUCGCAUAUAAAUUUUCAAGUCCAGUAAUUCAUACAUAUAAUAAAAAUGGUGCAAUGAUUCGCAAAUGUCCAAUGGUUUCAAAAGCGGUUGAUCAACGUUCGAAUAUUUUAUUAAUUGGCGAUAGUCUUGGUGAUAUAAUGAUGGCAUCGGGUUAUGAAAUAAUGAAAAAGAACGAAAAUGAGGUUAAUGUACUGAAGAUUGGUUUUUUGAAUCGAGAUUUUGAUGUUCUUCUCGAAAAAUUUUUGGAAGGAUUCGAUAUUGUGAUAAUUGAUGACCAAACUAUGGAUAUUCCUAAUCAUAUCAUAGAUUCUAUUAUCAAUUAA